AUGAACCGCCUGCCCAGCAUACCCUCGAGACCGGCCCCUCCCCACACGUAUUCCUCGUACGACUCCUACCAGAGGUAUACCGUUGCGCCGUCUCAGUCAGAUAUAUUCUCGUCCAGUCGAUAUCACCCACCCCGGGAACCUGAAGGAGGCCAUAAUAAUGCACAGAAGCUGCCCAGUCUCCGAACCCUCCUGGAACCUGAAUAUCUGGACACCAAGCUACCUGACCCACCUCCACGAUUAGAAGGCGGUCGUCCUGCCCAACUUCAAGAUAGCUCCGUGCGGUACGGAUCGUCGAGCCCAACGUUGAAAAGACGGCAUGAUUUCGACGGUUACAGCCACUCACUUAACGAAAGCAAUGCUAUUGCGAGUCGAGUGCCACAUGUGCAGCAUGCUGGACACCACACCACUCCAUCCGAUCCUCACUCGCUAUCGUUCUCCAUGCCGGCCCCAACCCCCCACCCCCAUCCGCCAGAAUCUUCCCGCCAUGGAAGCUUCGGUCGCCCAUUGUACGAUACAUCGUAUCGGCAGCCAUCGACGGCAACCGCGAUACCCGCUUCCUCUAAUCCUCUUGGUACCCUGACUCGGCAGCCCGCCCAUGACGAGGCGUCGGAUCCGGCGAAGCCAGCACGAAGGCGAACCGAGGGGUCGUCCCGCGCUCCAGUGCGAGCUUCGCGAUGCAUUGGAGAGCGUGUCAUUCCUGGGGAAGGGCUUUGCUGGAUCUACGAAGAUGGCACGUUCUGUCGUGCCGUGAUAGACGGUGAGCCUGUCAAUCCAUCCUGGGGUAUCACAAAGGCAGGAAAACCGCGAAAACGGCUUGCACAGGCCUGCUUGACGUGUCGAGAGAAGAAGAUCAAGUGUGAACCUGGUUAUCCCAAGUGUCACCAAUGCGCCAAAUCGCAGAGAGCAUGUAGAGGUGGCCUCAACCAGCUCGGCAUGAGCAAUGCGUCGGGAGAGACAUCACCGUCGUCAUCGUCUGGGCUAUUUAAGAAUCCGUCAAUGGAGCUUGUGAGCCCAGUGGCUGGCCCCGACAAAACAAGAGCUCUUGAAGAGCAACGCGACACUUCUCGCACGACAGAAGCGUGGAGCGCUGCUGUCGGCUCGUCUUUUAGGCUUCGAAAUCCCCGACCUACUACGCUCGUUGAUCCGAGAGGCAUGUCGGUACACUCAGCCGAUUCGGACUGGAGCGGUUCGUUCAACCCAGGGGACCCGGACGAUCCCAGACGCGGCUCGCAUCACGACCAACUCGCCCUCCAAUGGGAGCAGGACCCCUAUGAAACAGACCCGUCUUUGACUAUGCACCUUUUGGAUCUUUACUUCCGCCACGCAGGACGGGCUACGUACGGCAUGUUCCCUCCCCAGCCUUUUUCGAAAUGGGUAGAAGCAAAUCGAGAGAAGAACCAGGACCAUCUGAUGCUUUUGUACUCCGUUCUCGCAAUCGGUUCCAUCUAUUCCCCCGACCCGGACAAACAGCUGCUCGGUAAACGGUUCGCUGCGGUUGCGGCAUAUGCCAUGGACAAGCGUUUUGGCAAGUUCACGUUGCAGUUAUGUCAGAGUAGGCUCAUGCUUGCGUUGUAUAACUUCGCUAGGGGUAAUGCACAAGAAGCCUGGGACUAUUGUGGAGCCGGCAUCCGAGCUCUCAGUGCCUUAAAGCUGAACACUGAAGAAGGCAUCAAGGAACUACGGGAUAGCACAUCGGACCUGGACUACGGACUUGACAGCCGGACCUGGGAAGAAUGCUGCCGCCGGACUUUCUGGUUCGGGUUCCUGAUGGAUGUAAGUUCCACCGCGUUCACGGCGACAACCUCUCCUGACCUAAUGCUACGGCAGCGCUACAAUGGAUUUUGUGGCGGCAAUCUAUGUGUCAUUAGCAUUGAGGAUGUUUUUGUUCGCCUCCCUUGCGUGGAAUCUUCGUACGAAAGCUCCAGCCCCGGUGAUACUCCCUACUUUGACUUGGAACUUCUAAGUCCGCAUGGCUCGACUCCUCCUGUCCUCGGGCACAUGGCGUGCUUGAUACUGAUAUCGGCAAUCUGGGGCGAGGUGUUGACAUUCACCAGGCGAGCAGCCCAUCGUCCCGAUGCCGGUUUUGAACGACUGUAUGAAGCUUUCUACUCAAAGACUUACGAACGCCUGGAUUCUUGGUGUAACAUGUUACCCCCCAACCUCCAGUACACACCGCAGAAUCUUGAAAAUAGCAUAGUCGAUGGGACCGUGGCCACGUUCGUCGGGCUUCAUGCUCUCUAUCACACGACCGUCAUCAGGUUGAACCGUCAUGUGCGGCUCGCAGCCUUCUCAAACGAAUCGGUCGGACGCAAUAUCGAGCGGUCGUUUCGAACCGCUUCAAACUUCCUGUCGAUGAUUCAUUCUCUUACAUCAGCCAGUCCGCCAGGACGCCUUCCCGGCAAGGCCUUCUAUUCCACUCCGUUCCCUGGAUACGCGUUGAUGCUGUCUGUUGACGUGAUUACUUCCGCUGGCACUGUUCCUACGCUUCCUGCGCUGAUUGAGUCUAUCGGCACUACCAUUCCUUACAUGGAGGAAUUGGCCACUAUCUGGGCUUCUGCUCGUUUUCAGCAAAAGGCAAUCUCACAGCGGCUGAACAAAUUGGUGGAGGUAGCGCGGCAGGAGGAACAAGGUGUGCGCAAUGGGAGCUUUGGUGAUUUCUGGCGCGUGCCGGAUAGCCUGGAUACAGGGUUCGGGGCCGAAGACGCGGUUUACGGGGCGAACGACCAGAUGCUAUUCGAGGUUAUCGGGAAGCUGACAGGGCGUUGA